AUCGCGUUCUGGACGCAAACCUGCCCUCUGAAGCAGCAGCGGUGCAUCAUAGGCUGUAAUUGCUGCGGUCGUAACCCCACAAAUCUCACUGAUCACUACUGCGGCGCCUGAGCAUCACUGCGACCCGUGAGCAUCACGAGCCCCCAUGCGCCUUCUCUCCGCCCUCGUCCCGCUCGCGACCUCGCGCUACCGGCCAUUCCAAAUCUUCGACGGCGACGCCAUACGCAGCGUUAAACAACUGCGUGAGGUCUUCGACGAGCGCUUCUCAAAACCUCGCGAAUCGCACCCGGACCGGUUCAGCUGGGACCCGUGGCACGUCACGCGGCGCGCCGAGGACGCGCCGACGGCGCGCGUCGCCGCCGCGCCGGAGGUCAUAGAAGAAGAGACGGACUCCAUCGAAGAGGCCGUCGCAGCAGCCGGAAGAGCAGAGCGCGGCGCCGCGAGCGACGAGGGCAGUAUCCAGGGAGAAGGCUCGGGCCUCCAGUACUCCAUGCUGCGCACGCCGGCGGCGGCCUACUUCCCCGAGGAAUUAUUCGAAGAAUUUUGUGAGGAGCUCGCGGCGUUCGGGCAGAAGCAUCUCGGGUGCGAUGCCUUCACGCCGCCGUGGCUGGCCUGCUAUACCGACGGCCACGAGAUGGCCUGGCACAGCGACGCGAGCCACGGCCCCUUCGCAUUCGUCGUGAAUUUAACACCAAACGGGUGCCACGCGCGCGCGGAAAGUGAAAAGCCGGGCUGGUUCGAAGGCGGCGAGACCGUGUUAUUACGGCCCGAAAUCCUAGAUUACUGGCGGGGCUUCGACGGCUCCCGGGGCCUCGAGGCCGAUUCUAUAAUAGAACGCGUCGACCCGGCGCCCUUCGGGCGCGUCGUCUGUUUUGAUGGAAGGGUGCCACACUCCGUUUCGCGGGUCCGCGGCACGCGGGACCCGCGGCGCGGGCGCCUCGUGCUGACGGGCUGGUUCUCGGCGCCGCGGCCGAGCGCCGUCGGCGGUUUGGCGGAGGACGGCGCGCCUUCUGAGGAGGCGGCGGAAAUUCUCGACGCCGCGCUCGCCGUGGCCUACGACGCGAUGGACGAGCUCGAGCUCGCGCGCGUCGCGGGCUUCCUCGGCGUGCGCGUGGCGGUGACCGCCGCCGGGGUUGUGAAGAGCGUCGACGCCUUGUGCGACACGCUGCGCGUCGAUAGCGGGGAGCAGCGGCCGCUCGACGACGACGAGGUCCCCGACGACGUGUCGACGCGGGAGCUCAUCGCCGCGGCGCUCGGCGAGGCGGAGUUUCCUCCCGCUUCCGAGGCGAGCACGUUCACGCUGCCGCUCGCGUUCGAUUAA